AUGGGUUAUGGUUGUGAGUUUUUCGAUGAUAAUCGUCGAAUUGAGUCGGUUGAGGCUAAUGGAGAAUAUUAUUAUGAUGAGUUUUUUGAGGCGCUUUCUGAUACUCUUUCGAAUGAAAGUGAUGAAAUUGAGUCUAGUUGUAACCAUGUAGAAGGUGAGAAAAAUAGGAAAUUUAGUUUGAUGAAUGUUGAUGAUGAUCAUGGUGAGAGUUUUGACCUAGAAGAAGAGGAGAAAUCAAAGUUGGUUUUUAAGUUUCAAUAUCAAAAUUGGGAUUGCAAGUUUAGUGAGGAAUUGAAGGGAGAUUUUAGUGAAAGUAAUGAUUUUGAUACAAGGGGUGAGGUUUCUUCGACUACAAACAAAUAUGAGUUCGUCUCGCAAAAGAGUUUUAGCCGAAUUUUGGACCAACCUGAAGCUGCAAAUUUUACUGUCAAAGAGUUUUUUAUUCGUUCAAAUGAUGAUUUUCCGUUGGAAAAAAAUUAUGUCGCCGAUGAUUCGGCCAGUUUGUUACCUGAAAGGAAGUUGAAUCAAGAAAAUUGUGAAGAGGUUGUUAAUGAGAAAAUUCUUGAUGGUUUCUCCGAAAGAUUGUGCAUAGAAGAAGUGUUGGAGAAGGUCGAGCCAGCUGGUUUAUCAUCUGAGAGGAAAUUGAAUGAAGAAAAUUGUGAAGAGGUUGGUAAUGGAAAAAUUCUUGAUAGUUUCUCCGAAAAAUUGCGCGUAGAGGAAGUUUCAGAGAAGCUCGAGCCAGCUGGUUUAUCAUCUGAGAGAAAAUUGAAUGAAGAAAAUUAUGAAGAGGUUGUUAAUGAGAAAAUUCUUGAUAGUUUCUCAGAAAAAUUGCACGUAGAGGAAGUGUCAGAGAAGCUCAAGAAUUCGGAACCAUAUGAGCGGAAUUUUCUAUUAGACGACGAUUUCAUUUGUUCAAGUUCUGACACAGAUUCUACAAGUUCUUUGGAAUCUGGUUUUUUGUCAGACACGGAUUUCGGAACAACUACCGAGCAUGAUACAUUAGGAAACAAUGAAGAAAGUGUAGACGAUUUGGACUUUAAGGAUGACAAAAGCCUAGAAAGUUUGGAUUUUGGUUACGAACCCGAUGAUUUUGCCGAAGAAGACGAAGAUAUAAUGAACGAGCUUGGAAAAUUGGAGGAAGAAAUCAAACAAGAACAAUCGGCGAAACCAAAUUCGAAGAGUGUAGCAGCUUUUGAUCUCGAGGAAUCGAACCGGUUCGACACGCUUUGGGAGCAUCAGGAUCUGAUAGAACAGCUGAAGAUGGAAUUGAAGAAAGUUAAAGCUACUGGUUUACCUACAAUCUUUGAGGAUUCCGAGUCACCGAGGAUUAUGGAAGAUUUGAAGCCAUGGAAAAUUGAUGAAAAAUUUCAGCAUGGUAGUAGUACUACAAAUGAGCUUCCGAAAUUCUACAGAAGUUACAGAGAAAGAAUGAGAAAAUUCGAUAUCUUGAAUUACCAGAAAAUGUAUGCUUUAGGUCUUAUGAAGUUAAAGGACCCACUACAAUCAUUUUCAAUUCACAAGAAAUCUUCAUCAACAAUCACAAGCUUAUUUAGACGUACCAAAGAAAUUGAUGCUGACCCGAUGAAGAAGUUCAUAAGAGAAUUAUACAGUGAUUUGGAAAUGGUUUAUGUGGGACAUUUAUGUCUUUCUUGGGAAUUCCUUCAUUGGGAAUAUGAAAAGGCUUUGAAGAUAUGGGAAAAUGAUCAAUAUGGAUUCAGAAGGUUCAAUGAAGUAGCCGGAGAGUUUCAACAAUUUCAAGUUCUUCUUCAAAGAUUUAUAGAGAACGAACCUUUUCAAUGUCCAAGAGUGGAAAAUUAUGCUAGGAAUCGUUGUGCCAUGAAGAAUCUUCUUCAAGUUCCUGUUAUACGAGAAGACAAAGGAAAGGAUAGAAAGAAGUUAAGAAAAAGAGAAGUUGACAAUGAUGCCAUUACAAGUGACAUGUUAGUAGAGAUUUUAGAAGAAUCAAUAAGAACAAUUUGGCGUUUUAUUAGAGGUGAUAAAGAUGCAUCAAACUUGACAAUUAAAAGUCUUAAAGAACAUCAUGUUGAGCUUCAAGAUCCUGCUGAUUCACAGCUUCUAGUGGAGAUUCUAACAGAUCUUCAAAAGAAAGAAAAGAGACUAAGAGAGAUUUUGAGGAGUGGAAGUUGCAUAUUGAAGAAGUUCAAAAAGCAUAAUGAAGAUGAAACAGAUCCAGUUCUUUAUUUUUUCUCUCAAGUAGAUAUGAAAUUGGUUUGGAGAGUGUUGAAUAUGUCAAGGAUAACGACAGAUCAACUAGGAUGGUGUCGUAGUAAAUUAAACAAUAUCAAUUUUGUAAACAAAAGGAUACAUGUAGAAUCAUCAUGCUUACUUUUUCCUACUUGA